CCCGGGAGCAUGAAGGACCGAACCCAGGAGCUCCGCACGGCCAAGGACAGCGACGAUGAUGACGACGUCACUGUCACUGUGGACCGAGACCGCUUCAUGGAUGAAUUCUUCGAGCAGGUGGAGGAGAUCCGCGGCUUCAUUGACAAGAUCUCAGAGAACGUGGAGGAGGUGAAGCGGAAACACAGCGCCAUCCUGGCCUCCCCCAACCCUGACGAGAAGACAAAGGAGGAGCUGGAGGAACUCAUGUCCGACAUAAAGAAGACUGCAAACAAAGUCCGCUCCAAGUUAAAGAGCAUCGAGCAGAGCAUCGAGCAGGAGGAAGGCCUGAACCGCUCCUCCGCAGACCUGAGGAUCCGAAAGACGCAGCACUCCACGCUGUCCCGGAAGUUCGUGGAGGUGAUGUCCGAGUACAACGCCACGCAGUCUGACUACCGUGAGCGCUGCAAGGGCCGCAUCCAGAGGCAGCUGGAAAUCACCGGCCGGACCACGACCAGCGAGGAGCUGGAGGACAUGCUGGAGAGUGGGAACCCCGCCAUCUUUGCCUCCGGGAUCAUCAUGGACUCCAGCAUCUCGAAGCAGGCCCUGAGUGAGAUUGAGACACGCCACAGUGAGAUCAUCAAGCUGGAGAACAGCAUCCGGGAGCUGCAUGACAUGUUCAUGGACAUGGCCAUGCUCGUGGAGAGCCAGGGGGAGAUGAUUGACAGGAUUGAGUACAACGUGGAACAUUCGGUGGACUAUGUGGAGAGGGCCGUGUCAGACACCAAAAAGGCUGUCAAGUACCAGAGCAAGGCUCGCCGGAAGAAGAUCAUGAUCGUCAUCUGCUGUGUGGUCCUGGGCAUCGUGAUCGCCUCCACCUUCGGGGGCAUCUUUGGAUAG